AUGGAAGGAGAACAAAGUCCUAAUGCUUCAAUCCCUACUAGGCAGUCAACUUCAAUUUCUUUGGAUACUGCUUCUUAUCGUGAUCCAUUUUUUGUCCAUCCAUCGGACAACCCCAAUGCUGUUCUUUGUAGCCCUCCAUUAAACGGUGAUAACUUUGCAUCGUGGAAGAUAGGAAUGAUGAGAGUUUUGCGUGUGAAGAACAAGAUUGGUUUUAUUGAUGGAUCUAUUUCCAAACCAACUGAUCCGGCCAAACUCGCAGAGUGGAUGCGGGCAGAUGGUCUUGUCAUCAGUUGGAUUCAUGCUGCUAUUCUUCCUAGCAUUAAAGAUAGUGCUUCUUAUGCUCCUACUGCUUAUCUUCUCUGGAAAGAUCUCGAGAACAGGCAUGUUGAGUCUUGUGCUCCAAAGCUAUAUCAAUUGAAACAACAACUUGCUUCUAUUAAGCAGGAUGGUUCGUCUGUGAUGGUUUUUUAUGGUCGUCUUCGUGCUAUUUGGGAUGAAAUGGAUGCUAUAAGACCUGUAAGUACUUGUAUUUGUGCUAAUUCCAAGGAUGCUAUUGAUCAUCUUAACCAAGAUAGAGCCAUGGAGUUCUUACAAGGCCUUCAUGAUAGGUAUGCUGGUCUCCGUUCUAACAUUUUGCAGCGUAUUGAGUUUCCACCCUUGUUAACUAUUUAUAAUUUAGUCCGACAAGAAGAGGUUCAACAAUCUUUGGCUAAUACCAUUCCGAUUGUUGAAUCGGCUACCCUUGUUGUUGCUCGCCAUGAAGAUGGUCAUACUAGAGACCGUUGUUACAAACUGAAUGGUUAUCCACCAAAAUAUAAGCGCAAGGAUGGCACAACUCUGGCUACCACUUCUGUUGUUCUUCAAGGUGUGCUACCACAACAACAUGAUGCAUCAAAAGGGAUGAUUCCUCCACCAACUACUGAUGGUCCGCUUUUCCCUGGAUUAUCCGCUGAUCAUUUGGCUCGCUUGGUUGCUUUUGCUGCGACACUCCCUGCUACAGCAGACGAACAACCUAAAAUGAAUCUCACUGGACCGAUCGACGAAGAAACUUAUUGGUCAGGGUGA